GCUGAAAUAAACAAUGAAAUUCCUCAAAGCGUGUCACCACCAGGAAAUGAUAAUGCUACAUCAGAUUUGGAAAACAAUAAAUCAGAAACACAAAGCAUCAAACAAUUCAAGCCAACGACGACGACGACGACGACGACGACAAAAGCCAUACAUAAAAAAGGUGAGAAAAACAGAGCAGGGCAGAAUAGAACAAUGCGGAAUAAAGAGAAGUUUGGUAAUAAAGUAAAUAACGAUAACGAUAAUUCAAGCACGCAUUCAUUAAAACCAAAACAAAAAGGGGAAAUAAAGAUUAACAAAAACAACACGCCUCCUACUUCUAACAACCAUCGCGAAAUUUCGGAAAUUGCAUCAGUUAAUAUAGACAGAUUCAAAGAUAAUCAAACGUAA